AUGGAACCGGGAGCGAUCGCGCUCGGCAAGGUGGCGCGCGCGCCGGCGCAGCCGUGCAGGAUUCUGCGCGAUGACGAAGCCGCGGACGCGCUCAAGGCGAAGAAGGGUUCGCGCAGGGUGUAUUGGUUCGGCGCGAGGUCCCUCGGUCACGUGGCGGAGAAGGAGUUGAAGGCGUGGGACGCGGACGCGUUCGAGGCGUCGCUGGCGGAGGUGAAACGCGGGAGGGAUAAACUGGAACUCGCGCUGGAAGAGGCGAGAGCGCACGAGAACGGUGGCGGUGCGGUGAGCGUGGACGUGGGAUCGACCCCAGAGGCGGUCGUGGAGACGGCGGCGAAGGAGGGGAGCGAGGCGGAGACGCCGGCGCCGGCGCCGGCGGCGAAGAAGAAGCGCGGAGGAGGCGGGCGUAAGAAAGUCAUCGAGGAAGAGGAAGAGGCGGCCCCGGCGGAGGUGGCGGGAGAAGAAGAGACGCAAGCGGCGAAUGAUGACGUUGAAGAUUACAAACCGAACGCCGAGGAGGAGGAGGCGAAGCCGAGCGGCAAGAAGCGCAAGCUCAGUAAAAAGGCUGACGGCGAAGACAAAAAGGAUAAACAGCCCGCGGAGAAGAAGCCGGCGAAAUCGAAAAAGGUAGAAAUCGAAAAACCAGUGAUCAAAGUACCGUCGAGUACACCUAGAUUGUUAGAGUUGAAAACCGAGCUCGAGGAUGGGCUGCAGGCGUACGAGGACACGCAAGAGCAACAAGAGCGUGCUCGAUUGGAGCUUGAAAAAGCAAAGGAAGCCGUGGCUGCGGCGCAGAUGAAAGUGGAGCAGGCAAAUUCGCACGCCAACCGCGUCGUUCGAAGAUUGAAGCAAACCGCUCGGCAUAUUCAGGAGCAAAGCGUGAACCCAGUCAUGUUGCAGGAAACGUUAAUCACCAAAACCGUGAAAAAAGGUAGCAAGGUGAAGGAUCCUUCGCUCGCAGACUUUGCAAAGACGUGUGGAACGGUGAUGGUAGAGUGGAUCGAGCUUGUACGAACCUCUGCAGUGAACAUGGUCGCCGUUCAGCCCGUGGAAGAGGUGAAGAAAGUGGUCAAGGAGGAAAAUUCGGCGGAGGACGUGAAGAUGGAAGACGCUGAAGACAAGCCCGCGACGGAUUCACCUGCCAAGUUAAACUUGCCUCCGGUAUUAGCGGAAACAUUUGCUAAGAAGGGGUCGGUUGCCAAGCCCGCGGCUCCGGCUGCUGGCGGAGUACCUAAAGAGCCCGCGCACGACGCCACUCGUCUCCGCGUGGCACGCUACUUGGAGCAAGAGCACGGCUUAUCUCGAAACGCCUCGCUCACGCUCGAAGCUGCGCUUUUCGAUCAAGCGGGGGAACCAGGUAUGGCGUACAAAGCCGCGCUCAAGCGCAUCGUGAACCAGCCGUCCAUCAUGUCGUCCAACGCGCCGGCGCUCGAUUCAGGCACAGUCAAACCGGCGCUCUUGCUCGCGUUUCGAGGUUAACGCGACGGUUAGCGCUGGCAAACGAACGAACGAACGAACGAACAAACGAACAAACUUUU